GAGAGGGAGAAGGAGACCGGUUGCAGGCUGACUUUCAGACAACUGGAAGAGAGGAAGCUAAGAGAGAGCUUUACCGUCGCCAUCUCAAUCAUGAAUUUGGAUGGGGAGUUUUGAAGAGUUUCUGCUGAGAAAGCCCAACGAUUACACUCAGAGAAGGAGGCGUGGUUUUGAACCCGAGGUGGUGCCACACCCAACCCAGCUGAUUCCAGAUGGAAGUGGAUGCGGUUGAGAAGCGCCAUCGAACGCGUUCCAAAGGGGUCCGAGUUCCAGUGGAGACGGCAGCACAGGAAUUAUUCAGCUGUCCUACUCCAGGCUGUGAUGGAAGCGGACACGUCAGCGGCAAAUACGCCAGACACCGAAGUGUCUAUGGUUGCCCCCUGGCCAAAAAGAGGAAGACCCAGGAGAAACAGCCUCUGGAGCCUGCCCCCAAGAGGAGGCCCUUCUUAACCCCUCCCGACCCAGAGGAGGACACUGUUGCCAUCUUCCCCUGCUAUGAACCUGAACCCAUGGAUGAGAGGGAGGAGAAGGAGCAGGGGGAGUUAGAGGGGGAGAUCCAGGAGGAAGGGGAAGAGGAGGAAGGUGAGGGAGAGGAAGAGGGAGAAGAGAUGGAGGAGGAGGAAGGAUUUUCGGAGGAUAACGAGGAGCAAGGUGAUGAGGAAGGUGAAGAGGAGGAAGAUGAGGAAGAGGUGGAGAGGGAGAGAGCGGUAGUAGGCCCAGUAGAGGUAGAACAGGUGGAGGAUGGGAUAGAGGAAGAUGAGGAAGCAGAGGAUGGGGAUGAUGAAGAGCAAGAAGAAGAGGAGGAGCAAGAGGAGGAGGAGGAUGAGGGUGAUGAAGAUGAACCUGAGGAAGAAGAGGAGGAAGAAGUGCACCAUGAGCCAGGGAACCGCUACAAAAAUAGUGGACAAUCAAGGCAUCACUUGAUGGGACAGAAGGACAACAACAACAACAACAACAACAGCGGCCCCGGUCCAAACAUAGGCCCUAACGGGGAAGAGUAUGAAAACUACGAUGAGCUGGUGGCCAAGUCCCUUCUCAACCUGGGGAAGAUAGCAGAGGACGCUGCCUACCAGGCCAUGACCGAGUCAGAGAUGAACAGCAACUCCUCCAACAGUGCCGGCGAGGACGAUGAUGAUGAUGAGGAAGAGGCUAGCGAGCGCGGCGGGAGCAGGAAGGGCGAGUUGAGCGUGGACCUGGACAGUGACGUGGUCAGGGAAACAGUGGAUUCACUCAAGCUGUUGGCGCAGGGCCACGGUGCCAUGCUGCCUGAUGACAGCUGCCUAGAAGGGGUGGAUGACGGCGAGCAUCCCAACGGCCGGUCCCACCAUCAUGGGGUCAGGGGUCAGGCUGAGGAGAGCGAAGAGGAGGUGUGUCUCAACAGCCUGGAAUGUCUGAGGAACCAGUGCUUUGACCUGGCCCGCAAGCUAAACGAGACGUCUCCAUCUGACCGCCCUGGACACCCGGGCCUGCACCACUACCAGGCACAUCAGAACCACCACCCUCACCAGCCCCACCACCACCUACUGCACCAAACAGACCACCAGCACCAUCAGGCUCAGCACCAGCCUCAGGACCACCACCACUUGCCCAGGUACGAGAGCUGCCAGCAGGGCCAGCAGCCAGACGAGCGUGGGUCCCUGGAGCGCAACUACUCAGACAUGGUCAACCUGAUGAAACUGGAGGAGCAGCUGAGCCCGGCCUCAAGGACGGGCUACUCGGCCAGCUGCCACCAGGAGGGGGAUGAGGACACCACAUCGGUGGCCUCGGAUCGCUCGGAAGAGGCCUUCGACAUGACAAAAGGCAACCUGUCCCUGCUGGAGAAGGCCAUUGCUAUGGAGUCGGAGCGAGCCAAGGUCAUGAGGGACCGCAUGGCCUUGGAGGGACAUCAUGCGGUGGUCCGGAGGGACAAUCAUAAUCACCACCAUCGCGGCGAGCACAGCCCCCGACAGAGCAGCGGGGCUGAGGAGCGCAAGUCCAGAAUGCACCACGACGGGUCAAAGAGAGCAUACUACCCUAAAGAUUCCUCAAGGGGGGACAAGAAGGAGAGUAAGUGUCCAACCCCGGGCUGUGAUGGGACAGGCCACGUCACGGGUCUCUACCCCCACCACAGGAGCCUGUCAGGCUGCCCCCACAAGGACAGGGUGCCACCAGAAAUUCUUGCAAUGUAUGAAAAUGUUCUAAAGUGCCCUACUCCUGGCUGCUCGGGGCGUGGCCAUGUCAAUAGCAACAGGAACUCCCACCGCAGUCUCUCGGGGUGCCCCAUCGCCGCUGCAGAGAAGAUGGUUAAAGUCCAGGAGAAGCACAUCCCAUGUGACGGGGGCCCAAAGUCCAGCCAGGCUUCAGAUCGUGUGCUGAGGCCAAUGUGCUUUGUGAAACAGCUGGAGAUCCCACAGUACGGUUACAAAAAUAACGUGUCCACCAGCACGCCGCGCUCCAACCUGGCCAAGGAGCUGGAGAAGUACUCCAAGACCAGCUUCGACUACGGCCAAGGCUACGACAGCCAGCACCACGUCUACAGCAGGGGGAAGACAGGCCUGGCCCCCAAGGCCCACGGACGGGACACGGACUCCUCACCCAAGGGAUAUGAUGCCAAGCACUACUGUAAGAGCCCAGCCAGCAGCACAACUAGCAGCUAUGCUCCCAGCAGCACGACGAGCAGAUAUGCUCCCAGCAGCACGACGAGCAGAUACGCUCCCAGCAGCAGCAGUCUGAGCUGCGGAGGGGGAGGAGGAGGGGGCGGGAGCAGCGCCAGCAGCACCUGCAGUAAGAGCAGCUUUGACUACACACAGGAUACAGAGGCUGCUCACAUGGCCGCCACGGCCAUCCUCAACCUGUCCACGCGCUGCAGGGAGAUGCCCCACGGCCUGGGAGGCAAGCCCCAGGAUCUCCUCUCCCAGAGUCCUGAUGGUGACAUGGAUGACAGCAGUACUCUUGACCUGAGUGUGAGCCGGGGGCAGCCGGGGGGUCCAGAGGGGAGUGGCACGGUGCUGACCCCCCUGCAGCCCAUGUCCACCCAGCGCCAGGCCCUGCUCAACAGCAGCCGCUGCUACCAGAUGAGUGAGGCCGACUGCUGGGACCUGCCCGUGGACUACACCAAGAUCAAGCGCAUCACCGACGACGAUCACAAAGAGUCUUCUUUUCUUUCAUCCCUCCACCAGGAGGACCUGGACCCGUUCCAGGACCUUCUAGACGAGCAUCACUACGGAGGGGACGUGACCCUGCCCAGCCCAAAACACAAGUACGCCCCCUGCAAGGAGGGCAAGGAGGAGCUCAUCACUCUCUCCAGCUACCAGCUAGCUGACAAAAGCAUCUGCAGUAUGAUGAUGACCAAUGCGCAAGACCUCAAGUGUCCCACUCCAGGAUGUGACGGGUCUGGACACAUCACUGGGAACUACGCCUCGCACAGGAGUCUGUCAGGCUGUCCACGGGCCAAGAAGAGCGGGAUCAAGAUACUGCACAGCAAGGAGGACAAGGACGACCAGGAGCCAAUCAGGUGUCCCGUCCCAGGCUGCGACGGACAGGGUCAUGUGACGGGGAAGUACGCGUCCCACCGCAGUGCGUCAGGCUGCCCCCUGGCGGCCAAACGGCAGAAGGACGGCUACGUUAACGGCUCCCAGUUUGCCUGGAAGUCCGGGAAGACAGAUGGCAUGUCGUGCCCAACCCCGGGCUGCGAUGGAUCGGGACAUGUCAGUGGGAGCUUCCUGACACAUCGGAGUCUCUCCGGCUGUCCCCGUGCCACCUCAGCCAUGAAGAAAGCCAGAAUGACAGGAGUUGAAAUGUUGACAAUCAAGCAACGGGCAAGCAAAGGAAUAGAAAAAGAUGAGGAAAUCAAACAGCUGGAUGAAGAAAUCAAAGAUCUAAACGAAUCAAACAAUCAAGUGGAAUCAGACAUGAUUAAACUUAGGACACAAAUCACCACUAUGGAGACUAACCUGAAGUCCAUAGAGGACGAGAACAAAGUGAUUGAGCAGCAGAAUGACUCCCUACUGCACGAACUAGCCAACCUCAGCCACUCUCUCAUCAACAGCUUAGCAAAUAUCCAGCUCCCACAUAUGAAACCGAUGCCACAGAAAGAGGCCCCAGUUAAACAUAGCUGCUGUUUACAGAUGCCCCACAGAGAGCCAAUGAAUGAACAAAACUUUGACACUUAUGUGAGUACUUUGACAGACAUGUACACCCAUCAGGACCAAUACCAGAGUCCAGAGAACAAGGAACUAUUGGAGAACAUCAAACAAGCGGUGCAAGGCAUCCAAGUGUAGUAGCCUAUCUUCUGGCCAAAAGGCCCAGUCUGAGGCCAAAUCAAAUGAUGUUAAAGCAACAAAUAAAAGUCAAAAGAGAAUGGAUUAUGAUUGUUGCUGCUGUAAUUUACCGUAGUAUUUAUUUUAUUCAUUAUGCUGUAAUGCUCUGAGCUCCAUUGUAAUGGGUUUUCUGCCUUGCUUUAAAAAUAGUUCCCAAUGGCAAAAGUUUCAAAGAACAUUCACGUUUUGUACAUUUUCAUAUGACCUAAUAUAAUGUGAUGUACUGUUUAUAGCUGCUAAUGUAUGCACAUUUUAGUGUAUAUGUAUUUAUUAAUUGUAAGCUUGUAUCAUUCAUUAUUUUAACGAUAUUGAUAAAAAGGACAAAACUGAGUGCCACGGGUAGGGAGCCAGAUGAGGGCAAUGUGAGGACCAAUCACAACUGAGUGCCACGGGUGGGGAGCCAGAUGAGGGCAAUGUGAGGACCAAUCAGAACUGAGUGCCACGGGUGGGGAGCCAGAUGAGGGCAAUGUGAGGACCAAUCACAACUGAGUGCCACGGGUAGGGAGCCAGAUGAGGGCAAUGUGAGGACCAAUCAGAACUGAGUGCCACGGGUGGGGAGCCAGAUGAGGGCAAUGUGAGGACCAAUCAGAACUGAGUGCCACGGGUGGGGAGCCAGAUGAGGGCAAUGUGAGGACCAAUCAGAACUGAGUGCCACGGGUGGGGAGCCAGAUGAGGGCAAUGUGAGGACCAAUCACAACUGAGUGCCAUGGGUGGGGAGCCAGAUGAGGGCAAUGUGAGGACCAAUCAGAACUGAGUGCCAUGGGUGGGGAGCCAGAUGAGGACAAUGUGAGGACCAAUCAGAACUGAGUGCCACGGGUGGGGAGCCAGAUGAGGACAAUGUGAGGACCAAUCAUUUUUAGAUAAGCUUUUCUCUAAGUAUGUCAUAGAAAACAAAAAUGACCUUUGGUGUGAAGAUUGUUUAAUGGAUGUAAAUGUAUUGAUUUUUGUUACAAUGUUUGAAAAACUCUUUGUCUUCAGUGGUCUGUGUGAACACUAAUAAUAAUGUCUGUGUUUAAAUCAAGUUUAAGAAGAAACCAUGUAUAAAUAUGACACAUUUUAAACAUCAUGACACGGAAACUGCUAACUGGUCCAACUCCCAUAACCUAGAAUGACUAUACUUCAUUUAGUUGGAAAUAAAACGUCUUAGUAAUCUGUGUUGUUAAAAACACACAGCGAGAUGUCCAACUCCCAUAACCUAGAAUGACUAUACUUCAUUUAGUUGGAAAUAAAAUGUCUUAGUAAUCUGUGUUGUUAAAAACACACAGUUAGAUGUCCAACUCCCAUAACCUAGAACGACUAUACUUCAUUUAGUUGGAAAUAAAACGUUUUAGUAAUCUGUGUUGUUAAAAACACACAGUUAGAUGUCCAACUGCCAUAACCUAGAAUGACUAUACUUCAUUUAGUUGGAAAUAAAAUGUCUUAGUAAUCUGUGUUGUUAAAAACACACAGUUAGAUGUCCAACUCCCAUAACCUAGAAUGACUAUACUUCAUUUAGUUGGAAAUAAAACGUUUUAGUAAUCUGUGUUGUUAAAAACACACAGCGAGAUGUCCAACUCCCACAACCUAGAAUGACUAUACUUCAUUUAGUUAGAAAUAAAAAGUCUUAGUAAUCUGUGUUGUUAAAAACACACAGUUAGAUGUCCAACUCCCAUAACCUAGAAUGACUAUACUUCAUUUAGUUAGAAAUAAAAAGUCUUAGUAAUCUGUGUUGUUAAAAACACAGAGCGAGAUGUCCAACGACCAAUGGCAAUGGAAAAUAUAAAGGAGACAAUCUAGCAUUACUAAUUUAUUUGAAUUCUAUUGAAUACUUAGUAGGACCACUUAUCAGCAAUAUUGGUAUAACAAUGAUUACAUCACUUGUUUAGAUAUGGGAUGCAAUCGAUAUAGAAAAAGUUUGGGUAUAUGCAAUUUCUUAUAAAUGAAAUUAUAGCUGAUAAAACUCUUUUUACUAACAAUGUAAAUGUAUUAAGUUUUGUAUAAAUCUUUUAAUACAAUCAUGUUUUAGAAAUUCAACAUGGGGAGAUCAGUUCCAAAAUGAACGAUGGAUGAGUUAAUGAGUUUGGUUCUUUUCAUGUUACAUUUUGCACAGGGACACCUUUGUUUCCAUGUUUCCAUGUUUUGAUUGAAACUUAAAAAGGUACUUGAAAGCUCAAAUUGAUGGUCAGAGGUUUUGUAGAAAAGUUCUCUUUACAACGGCUGAUUGAUGUGCUCGACUUACAGGGUCAACGUCCUUCAUUAAUCAUAGUAUAUUAUUGCACUUGUUCAGUUGUCUUUGCGAUCAUGCAUCUAUGUGUCUGAGCCACAACACAUUACAUGAGAUAAAGACUGCUCUUUCAUUCAGUCCUAAAAAUGGAUAUAUUGGUAAAAAAAUAUAUGUUAUUGAUAUCCAUUAUAAGAGCAAAGAAUGCUAACCAACAACAGUGAUUUUGGUAAUAGUGGUCCAUGAUUGUUUCUAUGAUUGAUGACAAUUUCAUGAGUAAAUUGCAAUCACUUUCUAGGAGACACCCUUAACAAAUGUAUUCAUAGUACUUAAAGGCCCAUUGCAGUCAAAAACAUGAUUUUUCUGUGUUUCAUAUAUAUUUCCGCACAAUGAGUUUGGAAUAAUACUGUGAAAUUGUGAAAAUUAGGAUAAUGCCCUUUUCGUGUAAGAGCUGUUUUAAAAGACUGCCUGAAAUUUCUGCCUGUUUUGGUGGGAUGGAGUUUUGGCUGUAAAUGAGUUAAAAGACCAAUAAGAAAGCGAGUUCCAAAUCUCUGCCAAUAACAGUUAGGUUUCAGUUUUCCCUUCCCCACUCAGACCACUCCCAGACAGUCCAAGAAAGAUUAUUGCUUGAGAAAUUGCUCUUUGCUGAGAAGCUAUUUUUUUUUUUUUUUACCAUUUUAAUUGAAAACAAUCACAGUAACCUACUUGUUUCCCAGAAAGGAUUUGAUAUUGAGAUAAAAAACAGCUGAACUGGACCUUUAAAAACACCAUUAUAAUGCAAUGUAAGUGUCAAUGUCAGCCCCCUAUAAUGCCGUUAUCUUUUAAACAUCAGCCAACUGCAGUAAUCUACCCUUACAUAGUAUGUACUUAUUACUAAUUCAAUUUCCUCUACAAAUUGGCAUAACCAUGUGACUUGCACUUGCUGAAGAUGACUCUACUAAUGGAUUAUAAAUGUGUUCUUAAUACAGUUUAUCGUGCAUGCACUUCAUGCGAGUAUGAAUAUGGGUAAAUAGAGAGAAUGAUUCACGUAAGACAUAGGUGGAAGUUUGUGUGUGGAGUCAACGAGACAGAGCUCUGUGAGUCAAGUUCACUUCAGACAACCUUUUUUGAUAGUCAACCUGAGGGUGCUAUUGUCAUUGACCUGAUCUCACAGGUGGAAUGUGGACUUCUACUAGACUAGAGGUCCACAUUCCAUAUGACUCCUCAUGUCCGUGUCUAAAGCUUUGUGUCAGCAGCUUAUUGCCAAUAUAGCAAAGCUUUAGACAGAUCGACAGCUUCUACUAUUUUUCUUUAGUCAAUUAUUCUUACUGAUACAAAGGAAAUGGGAAUUUUAAGCACAAAUCUGCUGCUCACCAACAGUCAGUUCAUAUUGUAAUAUCAAAUGUUAAAGUUUAUCUGUAAUUAUUUACAUACAGAACACUAACAUGUCACAUGCUAGAAUGCAGAAUAAUUUUCGUAUGAAUAUUUGGGAAUUCGUGAAUUUAUUAAACUGCUACAAUUAUAAUUUAUUUUGAGUAAUGCUUUGAUGAAAAUGAUUUUAUACUAAAUGUAUUUCCUUCUCUCCUUUCCCCUGUCCCCUCUUGCAAACUUUCCAACUUAAUUUUGGUACCACAUGGCAUGAUUUUUGUUGAUCUAUAAUUUUUGUUGUAUAUGUUUAAAAUCACAAGUUGCUAUGAUAUUUCAUUUGAAAUUGUGACGUUUGUACGAUUUUUAUCAUGCUGGUGUUAACAUCUCUUACUCUGAAUAAAACGUGUGUUGCAACACUAACUUGUA